CGACCACCUGCUCACGCCCUUUCACUUCCCCUUCACCAACAUUAACUUCCCUUCUCGUGGAAGCCGUUCUGCAAGAGGGAGAGAGAGACGGGGUGAGCGAGAUCUUAUCCUAACCUCGCGCCGCCAUCUCAUAGCUAGCCUAGCCCAGCUAGCGCCAGCCUCGAAGCACUUUACCGGCUUUGGCCAGAGGUGCAUUUGCCCAGAAAGGCUAGUGUCGGAUAUUGCACACCUGCCGGAACGCCUGCUGCCGCUGCGCGCGCAAGAGAGGAGGGGCUGCCAAUUCGAAAAGGCACGGUCCUUCCAUCAGUGCAGCCGCGUGUCCUCGCCUCGUCUCCAACGAGGAGCGCUGCGGUAGCAUUGCUCAGUCUCCGUCGACGAAGAAGAAGAACUAGAAGAAGAAGAAGAAGAAGAAGGAGAAGAGGAGAUGAGCCUCAACGGGAAAGCCAGAGGGUGGAGAGAUGUUGGCAUGACGGGGAUGGAGACGGCGGGGACCAACCUCGCGAGCGCCUGGCGAGCCGCGCGGAGAAAGUCAUCGGAGUCGCUGAGGAGCAUCAAGACGAGCACCAGUCGGCGGAGCAUCGGUAGUAAAAAGGGUGACGGCUCGCGGCCAAGCAGCCGCACAGGCACAAUCGAGACACCGCCUCCCAUGCCGCCCUUUGUGACGAUCAACAAGUCUCUCCCAAAUUCUCCCAUCGACGAGGAUGCGCAGCUUGGAGAUGUGAUGCUCAUCGCUGCCCACACGCAUAGCAAUGGAUCUACAACGCCGAGACAGCUCCCGGAUCUGGCCGAGGCACGGGAAGGAAGCCCCGCCGCCGAUUCAAAGAAUUCUUCCAACGUCGCCCGCGUAAGGCCAAGAACGACAUCGCAGAGUGGAACCGCUGGUACGGGCUCUGGUUCUCGUGACUCUACGCCCACCGGACGCAGAACGGAAAGCGGCCGCGCACUGUCGCCUGCUCUCUCGCAGGACGAGGCUCGCGAUACUAUCGCACCCAUGAAUGCCUCUUCGUCGGCUGGCUCGAUUGGCUUUGGGCCCUCCAAGCGAGCAGCAGUCGGGCUGAGCAAGAAGCUAGGAAAAUCUAAUUUCUCAAAUCGCCUUCACACACCAAGCCCAGGCCCGAGAAGCAGUAGCAGCGCUGCGGGCGACGAGGGCGGCGGCGGCGGCGGAAGCGGCAGCAGCGCUAGUCACUUUGGACUGGGGGGAGCGACGAUGGCAGGACAGGCCCGGGAGAGCAGUCGCGGCAAUGGCACCGCGUCAAUGGAGCCAGACCAAUUUCCAGCGUCUACCACCAGAGUCGGCGGAAGCACCGGUGGAGGCGGAGAUGGUAACACGAUUGCACAACUGUAUGCCGUCUUCGGCCUACCCAAGGACCCUUCGGUGUGGACGCUGGCUGAGGAGGACUGUGUCGCCGGUGUCCACCACGUCGAAGGAGCCGUUGGUCGCUUCUGGCGGCCAGAGGUGCUUGGCUGCUCCAUCUGCCCUUCUCCCAGCGAGGUCCUUGCGCGGUCUACCGAUGACAACGGCGUUUCGUCUGCCGAAAGCCAGACGAUGAACAAGUCUGGCGAUAGCAAGUGGGACGGCCGUGCCGCCGAUGGCAAGAAGUCGCAAAACCCAAAGUUCAUCGAGAUGAGCGAUGGCCGUGGCGGCAUCGAAAAGGCAGAAACGGCUCGGGUCCUGUCCAAGGCCCUGAAGCUCUCCUUUACGCGCGAAAUCGAAAUCAUCUCUGGCCAGGGCAAUUAUCCGCCUGUGGCAACAUCGCAUACCUUUUCAUUUAGCGUUCCCACCAUCACCGCCUCGGGUGAGUUGCUCGAUAAAGCGACGGGCGCCGUGGGCGUGUCUGUGGGCAAGGCCAGUGCGGCCAGCGGGGUCGGUGAAGGAUUUGGCCUUGAGCAGUCCAGGCUGGGCGAUGCAGAUGACACCCCGGCUACCUUCUAUGGCGUCGUCCUAACCGUCUGGAGUGCGGCCGACGAGCGGCGAUCGAAAACAAUCAAGAAGGAGCUUUCUCGAGCGGCAAAGCAGCGUGUCAGUGCCGGCUCCGCUGGCAAGUCCGCCAAUAAGCGAUCAGCUGCCGGCGGUUGGAUCGAUAGCGAGGGUGGAGCAGGGGGCGAUGAGAACGAGGCAGAGGCCGAUCCUUCGGCGUCGUCGUAUAGCUUCUUGCCCGCCAACAACACUUUCUUCAUGCCCUAUGCCAUUUGCAUCGUCUCCCGCUACCCACUUUACGACCUCUUGGGCGACUGGAACAAGAUGGCUUGGCACAAGUACAGCCGCAACAUCGAGAUGCAUAACCAACUCAUGUCUACCAUCCUCCGCCAUCCCGCCCCCAGACUCGGCGAGAAAUUCCGUGUGGCCUCGCCCGACAAGGAUGUCACUUUUCAAUGCACCUUCCCCGGUGCACUGGAGUGGGGCACCGGCCUGAUCGGCACCGACACGACUAUGUGGCCCUUGUUCAAGUCGCUCUCCCUUGACAACGUCUUGACAUUGUGCGAGAUCGCCCUUGCCCCCCAGGGACGUAUCCUGUUCCUCUCGAGGCACCCGGCCAUGCUCGGCGUCGCAGUCGAGACGAUCAAGUACCUGGUCGAGAUGCGAGGGUGGCGGGGCGUGGCCAACCAAAAUUGCCAUGCCCGUGAUGUGCGCAUCUACCUCGAAGAUCCUGGUUCGUGGAUCAUCGCAAUCAACACCGAGCUGCGAAGCAUCAUCAAACCCGCAAAGGAAGUCUGCGUCGUGGAUCUCGACAUCAAUUUUGUCAAUUGUCCGCGCCCACCGGUCGGUGCACCCAGUACAAAGGCCGUCCGAGAGCGAAGAAGGCGCAAGCUGUUCACCGCCUUGGCUAUUUCCAACGUGGACUACAGCCCACCGAGGGAAUUUGUUGAGGCUUACCCUGGAGGCCGCCUGAGGCCAUUGAGUCAGAUCACCACCCGUGAUCGUGACUCAGCGUACGAGCAGCUGGCCCGGCCAGUGUGGUGGGACCAGGUCGGUGUCAUCUCGGCUUUCGACAAGGUUCUUCACGAGGGGUCUAAACCUUCGAUGCUGAAGAAGUUCCUCAAGACGCGAGCAGCUACCCUCGCUCGUGGAUCGUCGGGCACCGACGGCGCCGCAGGAGCUGCGACACCCGCCGAGAUGAGUGCAAUUUUGGCGCUGCGCAGGCGCGCGAGCACCUUUGUCGAUGCGCGCGACGGGUUGGAAAACAAGAUCGGCCGUCUCAACAAGCGCUUGGCCUUCCUGAUGAGCGAGAGCGAGAUGUGGCGCGCGCAAUUCGCAAAGAUUCAGCAGCUCGUCGAUCGGCUCACGCGCGAGGCAAAUGACCUGAGGAGUAAGCUCGACAAGGAGCGAAGAGAGUCAAGAAGGCUUAGCUCGACACUUGCCCAGAGGGACAUCCAGCACGUCGAAAUGCAAAUUCAGCUAAAGGAAACUGAAACGGCGAGGGAAGAGGCCAUGAACGAAUUGCUCAAGAUGCAGCAGGCCAUGGAUUCGCUCGAGCAAGAGCGAGAGUCUAUGAUGGAUGAAAUCCGCGCUGUCCUCACUGGCACGGGCGGAGUUGAAGACGUCAAUGCGACAAUGUCUCGGCUAGACUUGGCUCAAUUCUUCCCCGCCACUAAUCACCAGUUCAACCCACUUUCUCGUUCUAGCAGCCCGUCUGGAUCGCAGGCCAGUCACACGCCCUCGCAGGCGGCCGAACACAUCUUGCGAUCCCGCGCCUUGGCCGAGGCUAGGAUUUCCGAGGGACGUCCUUCGCGCUCUAGGGCCACCAGCCGUGCAGCCGCCGAGUCAUCCCAAGGCCAUGGUCAGCGAUAUGAAGGCCAAGGAGGUGCCAAUGGGACCAGCGAGACGGCCAGCAGCGUCCAGCAUCACUUCCCAGACGACCAGAUGAAUUACGAGAUCCAGCACCGGACGAGCGUUGUGACGAACCAAAUUUCACGCAUCCAGCAGCAGCUUGAGAGCACUUUGACUCAGCUUGAGGGAAGGCGCUCGGGUACAUACGACCGCGAUCUCAAGGAAGCACGAGACGAGCGGCGCAGGCGCAGAAUUUCAAAUGCCUCGGCCAGCAGCCUCCGUCACGAGUACGGCGCUUCGAGCGUCGGUCAUGGCGGCGCAGAUUCGAGUCUGGAUCACAACAGCACUGCCGGUGCGGGCUACGACGAUGAUCGUAGGAGCGAGAUGGACUACACGCCUGUCGAGAGUGUCAAAGACUCCCGCCCUUCAUCUCGACCUCAGCAGCGCAGGCAGCUGAGCAGCGGAAGCGCUACUUUGAAUGUGAAUGGCAAUGGCAAUGGCAACAACAACAACCAGAACAACAACACUAGUGGCAACGGCAACGGCUACGGACUCCGAAAAUCCACCUCGCAGUCCAACCUUGCGUCCGUCUCUGCAUCUUCCUCUGCUAGCUUUCUCAAACGUCAGGGAUCCAGCGGCAGCUUGAGCAGCGCUGCUGCUGCCGCAGCCCCACCGCUCACCGCAAAGAGCACAGCCCGACCUAGAAAUGUAUCGAACCCGUGGAAGGAGCCCGUGAAGUCCCUCGCCACGGCGUCUUCUUCAUCUCAGCAGGCAUUGGUGUCGCCCUCAUCUGUCACUAGCACAAGGUCCAAUGACGUGAGUAACGAGACCAGCACCGACGCCUCUCAGGCUGGUGUCGAGCCCGUGACACCCGCCACGCCCUUGACACCGACAACAUCUGGCGAGAAGGUCAAUGGAACCCCAAAGUCCACCCCCGCCGGCGGGCUUUCUUCAAAUGAGGAGGCUGAGGUGGACACGCACCCUGCGAGCAAACCCGCCGAAUUUGCUGCUCCGGCCGUCGUCGAGAAGGAGAUCGGCGACGAGAAGAAAGACGAGGGUAAACUUGACUCGCCGACGAGCGAAGUUCUCCUCGGCGAGCGCAAGACCAAGGCGGCCAAGAGUGAAGUCACCAUGGGCAACGGAAGCAAGGUUGUCAACUGAAAAUGUGUCUUUCUUUGGCUCUGAUUUUGUAUUAGUCUGUGCGCUCUUUUUCUCAUCUUUGUGCCGUUCAUUUGGCCGAUCAACACCAUUAACUUGCAUUCAUGUCAAUUCUCUGACCUUUUCUGUUUCUUACCAAUCUCAACAUGUCUUCUUCC